AUGUCGGCACCUCGGACUCGACGGCGAGCUGCCCAAGAAAAGCUCGAGCACGGCUCUGACGACGACCGCUCCACUGCCGUUGUUGACGGCAACGGCUCAACCCGCGAUGCGCCGGAAGUCUCGGAUUCUGACGGCGACGAGAACAUCUUUCUGUUCUGGCCCAACAUUAUAGGCUACUUUCGAAUCGUCCUUGCUAUUGCCUCUCUAUACUACAUGCCCCUGCACCCUCGCACGUGCUCCCUGCUCUACAGCGUCUCCUGCUUGCUCGACGCUCUCGACGGAUAUGCUGCCAGAUACUUCAAUCAGUCGACUCGCUUCGGCGCCGUCCUGGACAUGGUCACGGACCGCUGCACCACCUCGUGCUUGCUGGUCUUCCUGUCUUCGGCCUUCCCGCGAUGGGCCAUUGUCUUCCAGGGCCUGAUUGCGCUCGACUUCUCCAGUCACUACAUGCACAUGUACGCCACUCUGGUCGUUGGAGGCUCCGACUCGAGCCACAAGAACAUCGACAAGAGCCAGAGCUGGCUGUUGAACUUGUACUACACCAACAAGACUGUUCUCUUCGUCUUCUGCCUAUUCAACGAAGUCUUCUUCAUUGCGCUCUACCUCCUGUCCUUCUCCUCGCCCCUCCUCUCGCCCCACCUCAUCAAGAGCGUGGAGGAGACCAGCGGUGGCCAGAUCCAGCCCGGUGUCCCGGUCAACACCUCUCUCCUCCGACAAAUGUUCCCCGAUCCCUUCAGCGCCGCAGCCCUCGAGAUUGCCCGAGCAAACAAGAUGGACUCCACCCUCCCCUGGAUCAUCACCGGCGUCAGCUUUCCCAUCAUGCUGGCCAAGCAGAUCAUCAACGUGGUCCAGCUGGUCAAGGCGAGCAGGUGGCUUGCCGAGGUUGACAUUAAAUCACGAAAGGCAAAGGGUCUGAACAAGAAGGCCAGAAAGGCUUAA